AAAAUGAGAACUGUAAGCUUCUUGCUGGCUGCUCUCUUCAUCCCGUGGGGUCUUUCUCUGGCAAAGUUUGAUGAAUUUGACGAUGGUGAUGACAUCGUGGAAUACGAUGACAAUGACUUUGCUGAAUUCGAAGAUGUGACUGAAGAUGCUGCAACAGAAUCUCCCCAGCGGAUUGUCACAACGGAAGACGAUGAGGAGGAGGCCACCAUUGAGCUUGAAGGUCAAGAUGAAAGUCUUGACUUUGAGGAUGCGGAUGCACAGGAAGGUGAUACGGAGAGUGAGCCAUAUGACGAUGAAGAGUUCGAAGGUUACGAAGAGAAACCCGAUGGCUCUCCUGGCAAAAGUGACGACCUUAUAAAAAUUGUUAAUGUCCCUGCUCACCUCCAAAACAGCUGGGAGAGUUACUACAUGGAGAUCCUGAUGGUGACCGGCCUCCUUGCCUACAUCAUGAACUACAUCAUUGGGAAAAACAAGAACAACCGUCUGGCUCAAGCCUGGUUCAGUUCUCACCGGGAGCUGCUGGAGAGUAAUUUUGCCCUUGUUGGGGACGAUGGCACGAACAAAGAUGCCACAAGCACCGGCAAGCUGAACCAAGAGAACGAGCACAUCUACAACCUGUGGUGCUCUGGCCGGGUGUGCUGUGAGGGCAUGCUUAUCCAGCUGAAGUUUCUCAAGAGGCAGGACCUGCUGAACGUGCUCGCUCGCAUGAUGAGGCCAACCUGUGAUCAAGUGCAAAUAAAAGUGACAAUCAACGAUGAAGACAUGGAUACCUACGUGUUUGCUGUUGGGACGAGGAAAGCCCUGGUGCGGCUUCAGAAGGAGAUGCAGGACUUGAGUGAGUUCUGCAGUGAUAAACCCAAGACUGGGGCGAAGUAUGGACUCCCAGAGUCGUUGGCUAUCCUGUCGGAGAUGGGUGAGGUCACAGAGGGAAUGAUGGAUACUAAGAUGAUCCAUUUCCUCACGCAUUACGCUGACAAGAUCGAGUCCGUCCAUUUUUCGGACCAGUUUUCCGGUCCAAAACUUAUGCAAGAGGAGGGUCAGCCUUUGAAACUGCCUGAAACUAAGAAGACACUAUUGUUUACUUUUAACGUGCCUGGAUCAGGCAACACGUCCCCAAAAGAUAUGGAGGCUCUGCUGCCUCUGAUGAACAUGGUUAUUUAUUCCAUUGACAAAGCAAAAAAGUUUCGUCUGAACAGAGAGGGUAAACAAAAAGCAGAUAAGAACAGGGCGCGUGUAGAAGAGAAUUUUCUGAAACUCACCCACGUGCAAAGGCAAGAGGCUGCUCAGACCCGCCGGGAGGAGAAGAAGCGGGCCGAGAAAGAGAGGAUCAUGAACGAGGAGGAUCCAGAGAAGCAGCGCCGUCUGGAGGAGGCUGCUUUGCGGCGGGAGCAGAAGAAGCUCGAGAAGAAGCAAAUGAAGAUGAAGCAAAUCAAAGUGAAAGCCAUGUAGAGAAAAGCGAAAGCUGCAGGAAACCCUUUUCUUAGUGCCAACUGUAGAAUUUCAAUUUGCUACCUACAAAUGAGCUAAUUAUGUUCCU